AUGGUAACUGUUGAGAGAGACACAGGGGGGGACGCGGCGCCGGCGCUGAGCGCCUCCCGCCCCGCAGAGAACUACCUGUACCAGGUGCGGCAGGAGUGCUACGCGCGCAACGGGACGCAGCGCUUCGUGGAGAGAUUCAUCUACAACCGCGAGGAGUACGUGCGCUUCGACAGCGACGUGGGCCUGUUCCAGGCGGUGACGGAGCUGGGGCGGCAGAGCGCUGAGUCCUGGAACGGGCAGAAGGACCUGCUGGAGGGGAGGCGGGCCGUGGCGGGCACCGCGUGCAGACACAACUACGAGGCGGAGAAGCCCAUCGUGGCGCAGCGCAGAGUCCAGCCUAAAGUGAACGUCUCCCCCUCCAAGAAG